AUGCCUCGUUCUGGACCAAGUGAGCCGAUCCCCGGUGUCAAGUCUCCUCCUCGCGGUCCCGCAGCCUUACGUCCCCCUACCGGCCCAGCAGCGAACCGCACUCUAUCAGCCAAUUCUACCCCUGCUCAUACCUCAAAACACCCCCCGCCACAUAAUUCCCAGCCCAAUCGAGCAGAGAUGCCGAGUCCGACACAGCCACCAGCUGGGCCAAGGGGAUAUAUACCACCCGCCAGAGGCGCAUACGCCUCCCGAGGAAGGGGUGGAACUUGGAGCCAACCUACAGCCCGGCAUCUAUCCACCUCUGUCCCGUCCCCGUCAACCCCCACCGGACCUUCCAAUGCUCCUACUGGGCCACGAUCGUCAUCGAAUGGACCAACCUCAUCAACUCCGAUCCAGGCUCGACCGUUCAACCCACCCACAGGCCCGGCUGCUGGCCAUGGCGGGGGACCACGCCAGACCCUCGCUCAGAGUUUGCUCGCUACGAUGCCCCCGAUUAUUCCUGGUGGGAAACUGGACCCUUCCAUGACGCCUCUGAUUUUAGGAGUCACACGCGACCUAGAACCACAUUUCAAGAAGCUGAGGGACGAAGAAGAGAAGUAUCGUGAGGAGCUCCGCAUAAAACAAGAGAGGGUGCGAAAAAGUCUGUACCAUUGGGAUCGUCUCGGGCGCGAAGCUAAAGCAUGGGAGAUGCGGAGUGAUCUCAGUGAGAAGAGCAUGAAAAACUUGGCUGGAGAGGGCAUGGGUGGUGCAGCAUUUUAG